CUGUUAACGUCCCAAGGUCUAGCAGGAGUUCAGUAUCCUCCCUGCUCCGGGCCUCCAUGCGUCAACAUCGUCCACCCCACCAGAGAAAAUGCUGAGACUGCUGGGCACAGAGGACUAUGAGGUGGGCACCAGGAUCAAAGGUGUCAGCGCCCGUGCCAUCUUCACCUUGGCCUUGGGGGCUGUUGGAUUUCUUCUCUUGGGAUUCAUCAUAGGAUGGUUUGCAAAAUCCAGUGGAAACUCAAGUCCUUCUCAAGAGCCUCAAAGCAUGAGAAAAGCCUUUUGGGAUGAGAUGAAAGCAGAAAAUAUCAAACAGUAUCUCCACAAUUUUACUCAGGUCCCUCAUUUAGCUGGCACCGAGGCAAACUUUCUUCUUGCCAAACAAAUCCAAUCCCAGUGGAAGGAAUAUGGAUUGGAUAAUGUGGAACUGGCUCAUUAUGACAUUCUACUGUCGUAUCCAAAUGAAUCAAAUCCCAACUACAUCUCUAUUAUAGAUGAGCAAGGACAAGAGUUAUUAAAAACAUCUUUAUUUGAGCCCAUUCCACCGGGAUAUGAAAAUAUUACAGAUGUUGUCCCUCCAUACAAUGCAUACUCUGCAUCGGGUACACCUGAGGGAGAACUUAUUUAUGUAAAUUAUGCACGUACAGAAGACUUUCACUAUCUUGACCGGGUUUUGAACAUUAGUGUCCAAGGGAAGAUUGCUAUCGCGAGAUAUGGAAAAAUCUUUAGAGGUAAUAAGGUUCGCAAUGCAGAGCAAGCAGGAGCUAAGGGGAUUAUCCUGUAUUCAGAUCCGGCUGAUUAUUGUGCUCCGGGAGUUGAACCCUAUCCUAUCGGCUGGAAUCUGCCGGGUGGUGGUGCCCAACGUGGUAAUGUCCUUAAUCUUAAUGGAGCUGGAGAUCCUCUGACACCUGGCUAUCCUGCAAAAGAAUACACUUACAGGUCAGAUGUAAAGGAUGGUGUAGGACUUCCUAAAAUCCCAGUACACCCUAUUGGUUAUAAUGAUGCUGAAAAGUUACUACGUAACAUGGGAGGUGCUCCAGCUCCGAACAGCGCCUGGAAAGGAAAUCUGAAUGUGUCUUAUAACAUCGGACCUGGCUUCUCUGAAAGUUAUGUGACCCAGAAGGUCAAAAUGCACAUCCACUCCUACAACGAGAUAAGGAGAGUAUAUAAUGUUCUAGGAACCAUCAAGGGUGCAGUGGAGCCAGACAGAUAUGUCAUCCUUGGGGGCCACAGGGAUUCAUGGGUGUUUGGAGGGCUUGACCCACAAAGUGGAGCAGCUGUAGUGAAUGAAAUUGUCAGAAGUGCUGGGAGAUUGAAAAGGCAAGGUUGGAGGCCAAGGAGGACAAUGAUUUUUGCCAGUUGGGAUGCAGAAGAGUUUGGACUUUUGGGUUCUACGGAGUGGGCUGAGGAAAAUGUAAAACUACUGGAAAAAAGGGCAGUGGCGUAUAUCAAUGCAGAUUCCUCUGUGGAAGGGAAUUAUACUUUAAGAAUUGACUGCACCCCUCUACUAUAUCAGCUGGUUUACCGUUUAGCAAAGGAGAUUCCUAGCCCAGAUGAAGGAUUUGAAGGUAAAUCCCUCUAUGAAAGCUGGCACCAAAAAAAUAACUGGACAGACUAUAAGGACGCACCAAGGAUAAACAAGCUGGGGUCAGGAAAUGAUUUUGAAGUAUUUUUUCAGCGUCUUGGCAUCGUCUCUGGAAGAGCUCGCUACACAAAAAAUUCGAAAGAGGGAAGGUACAGCGGCUACCCCGUCUACCACAGUGUCUAUGAGACCUUUGAGAUUGUGGAUAAAUUCUAUGACCCCAGUUAUAAAAAUCACCUGGCAGUGGCGAAAGUGCGAGGUGGGCUCGUCUUUGACCUGGCUAAUGAGGUGGUUAUCCCCUUCAACGCCCAAGACUAUGCAGGCGCACUGAAUAAUUACGCCAACGUCGUACACAACAUAGCACAGAAACAUGAGCUGCAAUUAGCGACCUAUAAUGUCUCCUUUGAGGCACUUUUUUCUGCCAUUGAAAAUUUCACAAAAUCUUCUGCAUCAUUUCACACGAGGUUGAAAGAACUUGAUGUUAGAAACCCUCUAGAAGUUCGGUCUGUGAAUGAUCAGCUAAUGUACUUGGAGAGAGCAUUUAUUGACCCUUUGGGUUUACCUGGACGUCCCUUCUACAGGCACAUCGUCUACGCUCCAAGCAGUCAUAAUAAGUAUAUGGGGGAAUCUUUCCCUGGGAUCUAUGACGCACUCUUCGACAUUGAGAACAAAAGUGACCAACGCUUGGCAUGGGAAGAAGUCAAGAAACAAAUUUCUAUAGCCGCCUUCACGGUCCAGGCUGCGGGGCAGACGCUGGAGGAUGUCUUAUAAUUAUAAUGUAUAUAGCAUAUUUAUAUUCUAAGUUAAUGACUCGAAAUUUCACAAGGUCCUGAUUAUUUACCCUCUAUUAAGUUCUUUUACUUAAUAUUUUGCCUUAAUACCAUUCACCUAAGAAGGG